AUGACGGUCUUCAUUGCAUCUUUAUUUCUUCCAUACACAGUCAAUUUCCAUGUUGAUAACUCACGCAAUCACCGUACCCCGGUCAACCCCCCAUCUGCAAACCCGACUGUAGACGGGAUCACCCCCAUCCCCCAGGCCGCGGCCAGUCUGUUCGGGCAGGCAAAACCCGGGAAAACACCCGGUCUCACACCAGGGGCUACCACCGAUCAUGAGCGCAUUUUCGCUUCAAACGUAGCACAGGCCGAGCAAGAGAAAAGCGGGUAUCCGUUCCCCGCUUCUGUCGAGGAUAACCGACUGCUCACUGAGAGUGAGGGCCAUUCGCCUGCAUGGGGAGCCACGACCUCCCUCAACCAACCGAAGCCGCAGGCAACCCUGUCACCGGAUCCUUCCAUCCUCAAACACCUAGAUCCCCACCCCGCCAAGGAAUCCGUGCCGCAGCGGGCUCCACCAGCCCAACCUGCUGCUACGUAUACUGGACUCAGGAAGGCUAGCGUCGCAAACCGGAAAGUCUCAUUCUCAAAAGCCGAAUGGAGCAUUGAAACCGCUGAACAGGGCAAUGGUGGCCUUCGCAACGCUGUCCGUUCAGCGACAGACGCUGGGGUCUUGGAAGAGAUGAUGUGGGUAGGAACUUUGGGUAUGCCGACUGAUGCUCUCGCGAAAUGGACCCGGCGAGACAUCUCAGAGAAGUUGGAGGACGAGUACGAGUCAUUAACCGUGUUUGUGAAUGACGGUGACUUUGACGGCCACUAUACUCAUUUCUGCAAAACAAUCCUGUGGCCGGUAUUCCAUUAUCAGAUCCCGGAUAACCCCAAGAGCAAAGCGUACGAAGAUCAUUCAUGGAUCUAUUACGUCAAACUCAAUCAGGCAUUUGCGGAGCGCAUUGCGAAGCACUGGAAACGAGGCGACUCGAUCUGGGUCCAAGACUACCAUUUACUUCUUGUUCCUGCCAUGCUCCGCAAGCUGGUUCCCGAUGCACAGAUUGGAUUCUUUUUGCAUAUUGCGUUCCCAUCUUCAGAAGUCUUUAAGUGCUUGGCACCCCGAAAGGAGCUCCUCGAGGGAAUCCUUGGUGCUAAUUUGAUCGGCUUCCAGACAGAUGAAUACUGCCGGCACUUCCUGCAGACAUGCAGUCGAAUUCUCUGUGUAGAAGCAACCCCCGAAGGUGUUCAACUGGAAGAUCGGUUCGUCAACGUUGGUACAUUCCCUAUCGGCAUUGACCCAACUUCCUGGGACAAACGUCGCCAGUUAACAGACGUGGAGCGCUGGGUCGACACAAUCUCGGAGCGCUACCAAGGGAAACGCCUCAUUGUUUCGCGUGACAAGAUUGAUUCUGUUCGAGGUAUUCGUCAGAAGCUUCUUAGCUACGAGCUGUUCUUGAACAGUAAUCCAGAAUGGGCGGACAAAGUUGUCUUGAUUCAGGUUGCAACUAGCACUACGGAACAACCUGAACUUGAGGCAACUCUUUCUGAUAUCGCCAUGCGAAUCAACUCCACCCAUUCCACGCUCGCGCAUCAGCCCUUGGUCUUCCUAAAACAAGACUUGGCCUUCCCGCAGUAUCUUGCUUUGAUCACUGUAGCAGAUGCCUUGAUGAUCACCAGUCUGCGUGAAGGUAUGAACUUGACAAGCCACGAGUUUGUAUAUUGCCAGGAUGGAAGCUAUGGAGACAAAGCUUACGGGUCUCUGAUUCUGAGUGAGUUCACUGGCAGUGCCUCUGUGUUCGGAAACCAUGCUCUUUUGGUCAACCCUUGGGACUAUCGCCAGUGUGCGGAAGCUAUUCACACUGCAUUGACGCGCGAUGAAAAAGAACGAAAAGAGGUUUGGGAAGCAAUGCUCCGCGCGGUUUUGCAAAAUUCGACGGCCAACUGGGUCAAAUCAUUCAGUGAAACACUCACAGGCGUUUGGAAUGAGCAAUCAUCGCGCGAGAUUAUGGCAGUGCCCAGACUCUCUGUAUCUCGGCUGACUGAGCGCUAUCGUGAGUCGAAACAACGACUCAUGAUUCUUGAUUAUGAAGGCACUCUAGCCUCGUGGGGUUCACCUCGCAGCAUCAUUUUGACCACACCGCAGCGCGCAAUCACGACUUUGACCGAACUCACCGAAGACUUAGCUAAUGUUGUCUACGUUAUGAGCUCUCGCAUGCCUGAAGAGAUGGAACGGCUGUUCCGACAAGUCCCCAAUCUAGGAUUGAUCGCUGAAAAUGGUUGCUUCGUCCGCGAACCUCGUGGUGACACAUGGACUCAUCUCGCAGACAAAGUUCAUGUCAAGGCGUGGAAGUCAUCAGUGUCCCAUAUCCUGGCUUACUUCAAUGCCCGUAUUGAAGGUAGUUGGAUCGAGGAGCGUCACUGUUCACUCGUUUUCCACCACGGAUCUGCCGAAGAUCGCCACAUUGCAACUCGACUGGCUGCCGAGUGCGCCGGCAACAUCAAUGAUUCUUGCGCUAACCAAGGCGUACAUGCUAUCUCCGCCGAGGGCGCGUUGAUCGUGGAAACCACCCAUACUAACAAGGCGUCUGCAGCCGAGUUGGUUUGGAAAUGGUUUUCAGCAAAUGUCGAGAAAGGGGAGAAUGUUGUCAAGCCCGACUUUUUGUUGAUUGUGGGUGACAACCGUGAAGAUGAGCCUGUAUUCCGAUGGGCAAACAAGCUUCAGAAGGCCAAGGCUGUUGAUUAUGCCAUGACCGUCACAUUAGGCUCACGCAGUACGGAGGCCAAGGCAACCUUGACGCAAGGAGUUACAGGUGUACUUUCUUGCCUGCAACAGCUGGCUUCCCAAGAUAGGACAACACUGCCCUUGCGGUAG